GCCACGGGCAGCGGCGGUGCCGCGCUCAGCACCGCGGACAGCGCCGCCAGGAUGAACGGACUGAGUCCCGGCCCGGCCGGCAUCGCCAUGAAGGACCACGAUGCCAUCAAGCUGUUCGUGGGGCAGAUCCCCCGCAACCUGGAGGAGGGGGACCUCAAGCCCCUCUUCGAGGAGUUCGGCAAGAUCUACGAGCUCACGGUGCUGAAGGACAGGUUCACCGGCAUGCACAAAGGCUGUGCCUUCCUCACAUACUGUGCCCGGGACUCUGCUCUGAAAGCCCAGAGUGCGCUGCAUGAGCAGAAGACGUUACCUGGGAUGAAUCGCCCCAUCCAGGUGAAGCCGGCGGACAGUGAGGGCCGAGGAGAAGACAGGAAGCUCUUUGUGGGGAUGCUGGGGAAGCAGCAGAGCGAAGACGAUGUCAGGCGGCUGUUUGAACCCUUUGGCCAGAUCGAAGAGUGCACCAUCCUCAGAGGACCCGACGGAGCCAGCAAAGGGUGUGCCUUUGUAAAAUACGGGAGCCAUGGGGAGGCCCAGGCAGCCAUCAACAGCCUGCACGGCAGCCAGACCAUGCCGGGAGCCUCCUCCAGCCUGGUGGUGAAGUUUGCAGACACAGACAAGGAAAGGACUUUGAGGCGGAUGCAUCAGAUGGCAGGACAACUGGGAAUCUUCAACCCGAUGACCAUCCAGUUUGGAGCAUAUGGGGCAUAUACGCAAGCGAUAAUGCAGCAGCAGGCAGCCCUGAUGGCUGCAGCACAAGGGACCUGCCUGAACCCCAUGGCAGCCAUCGCCGCAGCCCAAAUGCAGCAGAUGGCGGCCUUUAACGUCAGCGGACUAGUUGCUGCUCCUAUGACCCCCUCAUCAGGUACAAGCACACCUCCAGGGAUCAGCACAGCGCCCGUCCCCAGCAUAGCCACGCCCAUUGGGGUGAAUGGGUUCAGCCCCCUCCCACCACAGACCAAUGGGCAGCCAGCAUCCGAGACCAUUUACACCAAUGGAAUCCAUCCGUACCCAGCUCAAAGUCCCACUGUGGCAGAUCCCCUCCAACAAGCCUACGCAGGCAUGCAGCACUAUGCAGCAGCAUACCCAGCAGCCUAUGCACCUAUCAGCCAGGCCUUUCCCCAGCAAGCGCCCAUCAUUCCACAGCAGCAGAGAGAAGGUCCCGAAGGAUGUAACCUGUUUAUUUAUCACCUGCCCCAGGAGUUCGGAGAUGCGGAGCUCAUGCAGAUGUUUUUGCCUUUUGGCAAUGUCAUCUCUGCCAAAGUCUUUGUUGAUCGUGCCACCAACCAAAGUAAAUGCUUUGGUUUCGUCAGUUUUGACAAUCCAACUAGUGCUCAGGCAGCCAUUCAGGCCAUGAACGGCUUCCAGAUCGGCAUGAAGAGGCUAAAGGUCCAACUAAAGCGGCCAAAAGAUGCCAACAGACCCUACUGACCCCUGCUCACCCUGGCCCUGCAAACAGGUUGGAUGCCCUGCAGCGUAUGAAGAGUAUUCUCCCUUUUCCCAAGUGCAGUAUCCAAACUUGUAACUCUCUUUCUUUGCAACAUAUCAUGGAGGAGGUGGAAGCGAAGGAGGAGAAGAAAUGCUGGCGAAAAAGAGAGCCAUUGUGGUUGUAUCUUCUUUUUAUUUUUUAAUUUUUGAAUCAGUUUUGUUUGUUUCUUAACAAGAAAGAAAAAGACACAGUGAUGUUGGAGAAAAGACAAACAGGUGCAGAUAUUUGCUGAAUCAGACUAUGAAACAGUGGCUGCUGGAGAAGACUUUGAAUUCCUCGCAAGGAGAGAGGUGGGAUUCUUGGAAGGAAAAACAAACCAAUCUAGGAUUAAGAGCUAGGACAGCUCAUUCAUGAGGAUGAACCCUACCUUUUUAAAGCACUCAUUUGCUGCUACAAGUUUCAAAGGAGGAACUAGGAAAGAGGAUCCAAAUGGAUAUAAACCAAAGCCAGUGGGAUUGGACCAGGCGUGUAUGUUUCACCUGGAUAACGUUUUGUUUUAAAAGGGAAAGAGAAAUUGAUUUUUUCCAUAUCUGGCUGGAAAAAAAGAAAUCAAAGGCUAAGCGCAUGUUGGACUUAUAGAAGAGAUAUCUAAAUACGUUUAUAUAUAUAUAUAUAUAUAUAUAUAUAUAUAUAGACACACACACACCAUGGAGCAGGGUGGGGGGAUGUGCUCUUCUCCUUGCUUGUCACUGGCACAGGGACAUAGGAUUUACUUCUUUCAAAGUCAUAUCAUUCCUUAGAGUUUAGGGACCAAAGGACUACUGCUUUUUUAAAUAUAUAUAUAAAUAAAUUAAUUUAACAAAAAAACAAAGAAAAAGGUAGAAGUAUCACGUAACAGCUGCGAGCGUUUCAAAAAGAAACACAAAUAGAGGGAAACUAGAAAGAGCUUUGUUUACCGUGUCGUGUGUUCCAGUGGCCCAGCGACUGCAUAGGCUGUAGGAGCCCAAGGGUCCGGAUAGCUGGGAAGUUUUUCCAAGGCUGUGGAAAGUGAAAUCAUGGCACUUCUGUCAUGGCAACUUCUUCUCGCACCCCUGUCCCACCCCAGACAAAAACAUAGAAAUGAAGAUCUUGGCUGGUAAGUAGAGCUGGUCGAAAGAUCCAGUUUUGCCUCCACCAAGAACAUGGAAGAAAUCAUUCUAUUUGAAAUUGUUAAUGGAAGAUUUGGGUUUUACCGAAGGAAAAUUUUUAAACAAAGCAAAGAUGUUUGUUUCAAAGGGAAAUUUUCAUUUUGUUUUGAGUUCUUGAGAAAUUGAAAAUUCCAUCCAAAUUGGCCUGUUUUCACCACACAUUUCAAUUUUGAUUAAACUCCCUUUGUGACAAAAAACGAUUUUGGUUGAGAAAUGUUGACCAGCUCUACUGCUGAGACAAUUAUGAGAAACAUGUUGCAACCUUCGCUAGCUCCUGAGAUAAAUAUGAUCUCCUCGGCCUCUCCUUUACACUGUGUGUGAGAGGUGAAUUGGGGCCAUAACAUUGUACAUCCAAAUCCAACUCUGAGUUACACCAGUGCGUCCCUUGCUGAGGUCACUGCAUUACCUAGGCAUAGCUGAUCAGAAUUUGGUUCGUGGGUUGCAGAUAUAUUAACAUACGAUACCUGAUGCUUCAGCAUAAGACCAUACCAGACUGUGCCAAAUAUGUAUGUGGACACAUGUCCCCUCCAGGUGCUUACAUGUUUCAUGGUGAAAACAAAAGAUUUUCUUUCCCACACAUCCUUCAGCACCUCUGAGAUUUCCUAUCAGUAGGGCCGAUUUGCUCAAGGUCAGAUAUUUGCAUCAUGGUAUAAAUCUUCCCCUCCAGCAGAUCUCACUGAUCGCUGCAUGCGUCCAAAGGUAAAAUUCAAGCCAGGAGAGGCAGUGCAGGAGGCUGUUAUUAACUAUAGUGGACCAGACUCUGCACUGAUUUAUAAUCCCAGUGGAGUCAAUUUGAUUGUAUGGGGCAUCCAUCAGAGCAAAGUUUGGCCCAUUGAGUUUAAACAAGGGCUGAAUUCAUCCCUGAGGUAUCAUAUAAUCAUAGAAACGUAGGGCUGGAAGGGACCUCAAGACAUUAUCAGGUCCAGCUCUCCCUCAUGAAAGCAACCUUCAUGUUUCCCCACUUCCAGGCCCAGAACAAAAAAACCAGCAACUUGGCCAUAUAUAAAAAAUAAAACAAGAGAGAGGGCAAACUUCUGAGAGACCAGCAGCCUCUGGGAGAGGUCAGAUUUUACGUGUCAUGGAGAUUUAUAGUCAUAGCAUGAAAAUUUGACUGCACUGGAAUCAGUAGGUGUUUCACCAUUGACUUCAAUGGGCUCAGGAUUUCACCUGUGGAUUGGAAGGCCAGAACGGACUGCAUAACUCAGUGAUUCCUGCAUCGAGCACAAUAAUUUUGCAGAAUGGUAGAAGCAGUUAUCCCCUGCCAUCCAUAAAUACAUAUAUACCAGUGGGCUCUCAAUCACUCUUGUCUCACCCGCCCCUUUACUUCUUUUCUUUGAUGUUCUCCAGGGUGGCUGAAGCUUUGCUACCCUCCUCGCUACCAUUAGAAAGUCCUUGCCUUCAAGUCUGAGAGGAUAUGCAGUCAUGGCCCUUUAAAACUCCCCCUGUCCUGCAGGGAGGGAGUGUCCUUUUUGACAGGAACUCAUUGUUAUUCAAUGGAAUUCACCCUGCAGAGGAGAAACCCCCAGCUAGGACAGAUGGGAUCUUAAAGGGGCCGGACUAUAUCUCCUGUGGGAUCUUAAAGGAGCAGGCCUGUUGCUCUUUGUUUUUAAUUUCUUCACACAUCUGCCACUUCUCUUCUCUUAGUUUCUGUCACAACUCAUGUUUCCCACCGGGCACCAGGCUGUGCUUUCCCCAGUGCCUGAACCUGCCACCUUGCGAGCAGUUGGAAGGAAUCAGCGUUAAGCUUACAAAUAUAGAGGGGAGUGAUUAAACCAUGCCCUGAAUUGUGCUUCAGAGUCAACUCAUGGGAGAGGAGGGCAUUUCUGAAGCCUCAAAAUGAGCACCUUCCUCAGCUGUCUCCAUCCCUGACUCCACAAUGCUUUCACACUCACAGUAGCUAUAAGCGUGCCAAUGCAUGGACCACCUUCUGUUCCCUGCGAGCAUUACCCAGGAGCGUUACCUAGAAGAGUGUUCCUCGACAUGCAGUAUUCCAUCCAUUGUCAUUACCUGUAGGGCUUGGGCUUAUAAGGAACUCUUUGAUCCAGAUCCAUGUAACCAACUGAAAUGCCACAGGAUCCAUUAUGCACCAGCCAAAUGUUCACAGACCUGCUCACUUUAUACUACCAGUGCAUUUACUUGGAUUCACUGCUGCUCUGCUGGGCUAGAUUUAUGGUUUAAGUAGGUGUUAAUUAUCAUGCUGUCUAUGGGAGAUCCUGCUGUCUUUGACCUGUUUAGAACUAAAUUAGACUCUAUUUCAAAAUAAGAUUGUUUGCAGCUAGGCAGGAAGGAAGAGGGGUGUAAGGAAUGGUGCUGUGCACGCACUGCAUGGUUAGAGCAGAGGACUGGGAGUCGGAACUCAUGGCCUUUAUUCCUGACAUUGCUGCAGAUUCAUUGGAUGGGUUAAAAGCUCUGUUUAAAGUCACUGUCCUCACUCUGCCUCAGUUUUAAAAUGGGAAUAAUAAUAGUUCCCUAACUCACAAGACACAUUGUGAGGCACGUUUAAUUGAUGUUUGCAAAGGGCUUUGAGAUCUUUGCAUGCAAUGCACUGUAGAAGUGAAAAAUAUUAUUUUUAUAUAGUGGUCAGAUACUGCAUUACUGGCCCUAGAGUACAUCACUCAAAGCCUUUCAAGAAAACCAGAAUUAUGAACCUGGACGAAAGACCCUUCUACUCCAACAGUACUAAACUAAACCUAUUCUAUUGGAGCAGGAUCCAUCCAUCCAUCCCAUUGCAGCUUUGCCACUGACUUCAACAGGCUCCUACCGUAGGCUGCCCCCAGCCUCAGCCUGCUGUUUGCCCCACUCAAUGUACAAAGAAAAAAAGUAGCUGCCACCUGGAACCAGGUACGGCUCUCACAGUGCUACUGGGGGUAGAAAGAAGCCCAUACUGUUGAGCAUUCAGAUGAGAAUGGAGCUGGUUGACCAAAUGUUUGUGGAAGCACUCUAACCAAAGAGCUUCUAAUGCAGGUAUGCAGAGCCAGGCCACUCACAAAGCCUAGCUGUUGUUUAGUGCCAAAUGCCAUGCUACUGAGGGUAAAUGCGGUCAGAAAUUGUGUAUUUCUAAGACUAGGGGUUGUCUCCAAACCCUCCUUGGUUUUUUGCAUCUCUCGGGUCAUCUCCUGUCUUACAGUCCCAGGCUCUGGGAGUCAUAUUUGAUGCACAGCAUUGAUGAACAUACACCAACAUACUCCACAGCACUCGCACCUUCUUUAGCCUCUCUGGUGCCUGCAGAUACCCCAUAAGGGAGGUGGGCUCUGUGUCUCCUGAGCAAUAUUAACCAAGGGCCAGAUCCUGCUCUCAGCUGCACUGGUGUAACUUCACCCACAUUUGUCCUUCAGUAUCUAGUAACCUGUCAUUUUACAACAUGACUUUUGUGGGUACUGGUUGGCCAUGAAUGGGUUGCCCAAAGCCACAAGGGGAGGAGAGGAGGUCCGAGAUGGAAUUUAGGAAAUGUCCAGCCAAACAGACUAGAUGAUGUGUUUAGUUGCCCUUCACAGCUCACACGCCUUGGUUUGGUCGCUUGGCCACUGGACUCCUUUUUCUGUGAUUCAUUGUUACAUUUCCUAGUGGUUUAGAACAGAAUGCUUUUGUAGAACGUUAGCAUUUAACGUAGGAUAACUCUCCAUUUGAAAACAAAAAAAAAGACAAUCGACUUUAGUGAUCAUGUGAAAGUGACUUUUUUUUUAAAAAAAAAUGAAACAAAGCAAAAAAAAAACAAAACCAUACAACAGAGGGGCUUCAAUCAGCAAGUGAUACUCAUAAUACAAGUGAACAAUGUGUUCCAGGCUCUACUUCAAACAGCAGACCACUGCAGUGAACAUGGGGCCUGUUAGGCAUGAUAGCCCUGUUCCAGCCGCCUCCAGGAAAGUUAAUGAGUGGCUCAGUCCUUGUUUCCAGAUGAGUGACCUGAGAAAUUCAGUGACCUGCUCCCCGCUGCCUAGUAUCAAAGGGUGGUAUUUGAGUGCCCCGUCAAUCUUUAGCUCAUUCAUGUCUCUUUCUGAAAGGCUGAGAUUUUGAUGGCUUAGCUCCAGGUACAACCUACAUAAAGAAACUGCAUUGCCCAGGGAAGUUACAGGCCUAAGUUUUAGAAGGUAAUUUAUGAUCUAUAAUCACCUUAAAAAAAGAACGUCUUACACCAAGAACCAAGGUACAGUUGGCAGGAGGUCUUAUUUAUUCUUAAUUGUGUUUCCUCUUAAUGGUGAAGGGCAGUUGAGAACCUCAACUCAUGCAAAAAAUGCACUCACUAGAAAGAGGCUCUGAUUAGCCUUCACUUUGCAACCUGUGUUGUUAUUUACACCUGUUCAAAGUGAGUGUAGGAUGCUACCAGAUCAGAACUGGUGCAUCUUAUAUCCACUUGGUAGCAGUGCAAAUGGCAACAAAUGAUGAAGGACAACAGAGAAUUAGGCCCAGAGUCUUCUGACCCAACCAUUAACUUAAACUGCCGAAUUUUUGUGGCAUGAAUAAGGCAAAGGGCUUCCUUUGUCAAAUGAUCCACUACAUUCCAAUCUUUGGAAAAGUUUGUAAAUAUUUCAAGACAGGAUUCUCUUCCAGUUCCCAUUGACUGCCAUUUUGGUUUGAAUUCGCUGCCCCAAAACAUUGGGGCCAAAAACCGAACUGCAGGUCACUGAAGAAGUGAUGGUGAAGGGAAGUGAGAUCAGCUUUGCUGAUAUGUCCCACAGUUGGGAUCAAACUACAGUGUAAAGCAAAGGAGUGGAUGUUCUACACAUCCUGUUAAACCAUACUUAGUAUUAUGGCUAAGAGAAGUAAAGCUACAGUAGUCUGCUACUCCCUGCCUUAAUAACUGGUCCCUCAGUCUAGAGCGAGGGAAAACAAGACUUUCAUAGGACUUUCCUUGUUAUCUUACUGGCUUGGACAACACCAAAUAGGCAUUAAGAUACCACAAUGAUUGGCACAGCAUAAGAACCUGAAUAGAAUAGAAAUAUGAAGGGGUAAUUGGCAAGCAAUAGACAGGGACCAAUAGAACAGGGAGGUUUGGACAGUGGGAAUUUAGGUCACUGAAAUUGUACUGUACAUCCUUGCCUCAAUGAGGACUUGGGAGAAGUCAUGGGUUCAUGUUGUUAAGUAUACUUUGAGAGCAGGGAAUGAAGGAUGCAUUAUACAAGGAAGAGAUUAGUAUUAUUCUAAGAUUAUUUUAGUAUUUCCUGAUUCUCACAAAUUCAGUGGUCAAUGGUUGGUCCCAAGACUCUUCUCUGUAUCACAAAGUCCACACACUUUGUAGACCUGAAUGCCCUGGCAUGGUGGACAGUCCUGGCUUGAGAUGCCAAUUCACCCUUUCUUGUUCAUAAUUUCACCAGUGGAGGAACGAAGGCUGGGAUUUCCCAAGGAGCCUAAAAGAGGUAGGUGCCUAAUUCCCAUUGACUUGUAAUGGAAGUUGGGUACAUAACCCCCUUUGGCUCCAGACUAAAACAGCAUUCCAGAAAGGCUUAGAUGGAACAGGCAAAAGCCUGCUCAUGUGAUAUGCCUCUUGUUCCAUUUCCCAUAGUGGCAUAAAAGAGAAAAGGAAACAACUGAGGCCGGUAAAUCCAGUGGGGGAUAGUGGACUCCCAGAGUAGAGAAUCUGGCAAUGAUCUAACCUCAACCUUGAUCUGCCUUUCUUGGCAUAGUAUUCGCUCUCCCACCACCUCUGAGUUUCAAAGAUCUAGUAGAUUCACUAGCAGCAGAAGAAGCUAGACAAGACCAUGACCUGGCCAGGCUCCAUAGGACAAAGUGUCCAUGGAACAUAUUUGUCCCAGUUAUUUGGAUGAGAUUUUCUUUUCCAACAAACAGAUUUUGCUCACCAGCCGCUGCCCACCAACACUGUUGGGUGAUAGCUGUUGCCAGAUACAAGGGAUGAUAUUUUCCACCUCCUGUCUUAAUACAUCUGCCAGGUCCCAGAGCAUGUUGUGUUGUAACUGAAAAAACAAUUGCUUCUUAUUUCUUAAAGAGCUGACCGCCUUCUUGCCCAGCAUAAAAUAUUCACUAGAGUGUGUUAACUCAUAAAAAGUUAGUUGAUUGGUCCAUUGCCUUAUGCCUGUGGACGGCCUUGGGCCAGAUCCUCAGCUGGUUUCAAUAUGUGUAGCUUCACUGAAUUGAAUUUGUUGGCUCCAACAGAGCUACAUUGAUUUACACCAGCUGAGGAUAUAGCCCUGUGCAUCUCUCCAUUUCAAGCCUAUUGUGAUAAUGAUUUGAGCAGGCAAAUUAACUGGCCAAAAAUGCAGAAAUACCAACCGUUGCUUCCUUCUCGACAACACAUACAGUGACCGAGUGGACGUGUACCAUCCCACCCACACGGAAAUUCCAGGUGCAGAAUUUCAUCUAGUUCCUACUGGUCCAACUGGACAAUGACCAUCAGGUUUUGGAGCAGAACAAGGGACCUAUUCAUCUACUUGUUCCAAGGGCUACCAGUUCAUGGGGCUCCUGGCACUUCAGUUGAAGGAUUCGGAUGGCGCUUACUGGAAUUGUUACCAGGGCAAAGAUGGCCGCAUUUCAAUGUGGUAUGACAUGUACCACACGUUGAACAGGGAGGGAGCAUUGCUGAUCUACGCCUGCACCAGCGUAACACCAUUAUGGCGCCUACUCCUCCACCCCAUUGGCAUAGACCAAAAGUAAUUCCACUGAAGUCAAUGGAGUAACACUGAUGUUUAACCGGUGUAAAUGUGGGGAGAAUCAGGCUCAUAAAGGGUUAAACAUGAUACAUAUUAUUAGCUGUGAUUAUCCAUACAUUUUAAGAGGCCCAAUAAAGAUGCCUAUAUCUGUGCAUUCCUCUAACUUUGUGGAAUCAUAGAAGAUUAGGGUUGGAAGAGACCUCAUGA